AUGUUAUACAUCCAGGUUUCUGCAAGCGUGUCUCAUACUGCGCUUCUCCGAAGUGAUGGUAAUGCUGUGACCUGCGGAUGUAACGAUGAUGGACAAAGCAGUAUUCCACCUUUGGAGGAAGGGAUGUCAUACAUCCAGGUUUCUGCAGGCACGGUUCAUACAGUGCUUCUCCGAAGUGAUGGUAAUGCUGUGACCUGCGGCUGUAAUGUUGAUGGACAAUGCAAUAUUCCACCUUUGGAGGAAGGGAUGCUAUACAUCCAGGUUUCUGCAGGCGUGUCUCAUACUGCGCUUCUCCGAAGUGAUGGUAAUGCUGUGACCUGCGGAUGUAAUGAUGAUGGACAAUGCAAUAUUCCAUCUUUGGAGGAAGGAAUGUCAUACACCAGGGUUUUGGCAGGCGGAUAUCAUACGGUUCUUCCCCGAAGUGAUGGUAGUGUUGUGGUGUGUGGACGCAACAGUUCUGGACAAUGCAACAUUCCACCUCUGCAGCCUGGGCAGUUCUACACUGCCUCAUCAGGCAGAGAACAUAUUUUCCAACUGGAUUUUGUUCGUGAAGAUGAUGCAAUCAUGCUGACAUGCUCAGAUCUGGCUGGACAUGAAGCGUUACGGUUGAAGGCACUUGGGGGUGAUCUGGCUUGGGAGACACACAGGCACAUUACACAGGAACUGAGUAUGAGCCUCUCCAGACUUCGACUCGUCCUGCCCGAUGGAGGCUUGUUGGCCUCAGUAUGCAGAGCAAAUCCACUGACCACCAUUGCAGAUGUGAGUAGACUGAACAUGACCAGUGCUUCGGAUAGUAUAUCCAUUGCAGAGACGGAAAAUACAUGA